UCGAUAAAAUCCUUCUUCAGGCCCUAGGCAAGGCAGAUUCUCCCUCGCUCCUCUCUUUUCAUGUGCAGCAAGCAACCAAUUAAAAAAUGAAGAAAUUAUCAAAUAAAGGGAUUAUUAAGCUUAAAACGAAAGUAGAAAAGCCAAGCAGUGAGACAAAAGAUGCCGUUACAAUGAAUAAAAAUGCCGUGGCAAUGAAGAAAAAAGAUAAACUGAUUAAAACAAAUCAGAAAAAUGUAGAUAGACAACGAGAUAAAAAAAAUGUAAAAAAAAGGAAAAACUUGGAGAAUCAACAAAUUGAGAAUAUUAGUCGAAAUAUGAAGAAUGAAACGGUUAAAGAGGAAAAGAAAACGAAAAAGGAAAUUGUCAAGACUGUGCUGACCAAGAACAAUACUGGCAAAGUAUUGAAUCAACAAGAAAAACUCGAUGCUGCAUCUAAAGCACCACGUGCUCCUGUAAAUGAGGUUAAGCCUGAAAAACCAAACCAAUCGUCAAAAAUCGUCAAGAGGCGAGUAGCUCCUGAUGAAUCAUCACUCCCAGCCAAGAAAAAAUCGAAAACUUCAUUGGAGGCUACAAAAUCUAAGGAAACGAGACAAAAACAAAAAUCUCACCGAGAAGAGGACAAGACUAUGAAAAAAUCCGAGUCAUUGGUAAUUACAGAGCAAGCUGGUAAUUUGGAAAUGACCGAGGCUCAUGUGGAGAAAUGCGUUCAAACAGUAUUGCAUCUAGCAAAAAAGCCAAAAGAGGGAAAAAAAUCUCUAUUGCCUGAAGAGGACAAUGUCAUCUUGCUCCAAAUAAACUGCAUUAAAAUACCGAAGAUGCCUAAGAGACAGCUGAGAGUUUUUCUCCCUCAUAUGAUGGUUGGUCCAACAGAUGAGGUGGCAUUAUUUGUGCCCGAUUUGGAGAGAGGUCGUCGGAAAGAUUACGAAAAAACGGUUGAUCACUGGGAAACAAUUUUAAGAGAUAAAAAUGUGUCACGAAUCAAAGAAAUCAUUCCUAUGAACAAAGUUAAAACAGAAUACAGUCAGUAUGAAAUGAAACGCAAAUUGGGACGACUCUUUGAUUUCUUCUUGGUAGAUGGAAGAAUCGCAGGUCACAUAACUCACCUUCUCGGCAAAACAUUCAGACGAUCCGCACGGCCUCCAACGCCAGUUAAACUCCAAAGGGAUAACUUGAUAAGUGAAAUUGAUAAUGCAUUACGAAAAACGAGUAUGGAGAUUCAUGGCUCGGGCAAUUGUCACACGAUGCAAGUUGCAUCAGUUACAAUGAGCGAACAACAAAUUGUUGAAAAUAUCAUUGCAGCAUGUAAAGCACUAGAGAAGGAGUAUCCUGGAGGAUUGGAGAAUAUACGUUCUAUUCUGCUGAAAACUCCAAGGAGUUUGGCAAUUCCAGUUUACUAUUCCAUCAAAAAUAAAAAUAAGAUACCAGUAACGAAAAUAACAGCCAAGAGACCAAAAGCAUUUAAAACAGUUGAGGGAGAACUUUCAACAACUCUGAGUGAUGUUUUGGUCAAGGUACAACCUGGAGGAAGAGUUACAUUAAAAAAGAUGAACAAGUAGAAAAAGUUGAAUAAUCUCAUUGAAAAAAAAAAAAAAACUCCAUCUAAAUGAUGAAAAACUUGUAAAUAUUGUAUAAAAUUCAAACUACAUAAUUUAAGCUUUUGUUUUUCAACAAUAAAUCAUGAUUAUUUUUUUUUCAUCAA